GCCCGCGCAGCCCCGCGCAGCCCGGCCCGGCUUUUGUUUCUAUUUUAGUGUCGGGAAGGACUUUCCUGGGAGGGCUUGCUCCCUCGCUCGCUCUCCCUCGCUGCAACAACAACAACAAAAAAUAAGGACCUACUGUCUCCCCUCCGCAGACCGGGAGUCCCAGGAGCCGGGAACUGCCUCGCUUUUCCUUUUUUUUUUUUUUUCCUUCUUAUUUUUUUCUUUCUUUUUAUAUUUUUUUCUUUUUUUAAAUCCCGAAUCUAGUUCGGCUGAUUUUCGCCUCUUUUUUUUAUGCUUUCUUUUUUCUUUUUUUUUUUUUUUUUGGAGAGUGUGUGUGUGUUGUUGAUUUUCCUUCCUCUUCCAGAGACUCGAGCGAGUUGGCUGGGCAGGAGAGGGGAAAAAAAUAAAACCCAACAAAUACACACGCACACAGCAUUUUUGUAAAGGGAAUCCCUCUUUUUCUCCUGGAUUUGUGGAUGCACCGAUGAGAGAUCCAGCCUUCCCAGGGACUGCCAUGGCUUACCACCCCUUCCACGCACCCCGGCCGGCUGACUUCCCCAUGUCCGCUUUCCUCGCAGCCGCCCAGCCGUCCUUUUUCCCGGCUCUGGCUCUGCCUCCGGCGGCGUUGGCGAAGCCCAUGCCGGACCCGGGGCUGGCCGGGGCGGCCGAGGCCGGGCUGCACGUCUCGGCCCUGGGACACCACCACCAAGCCGCCCAUCUGCGCUCGCUCAAAAGCCUGGAACCCGAGGAGGAGGUCGAGGACGACCCCAAAGUAACGCUGGAAGCCAAAGAGCUUUGGGACCAGUUCCACAAGCUGGGCACCGAGAUGGUGAUCACCAAGUCCGGGAGGAGGAUGUUCCCCCCGUUCAAGGUGCGGGUCAGCGGCCUGGACAAGAAGGCCAAGUACAUUUUGCUGAUGGAUAUAGUGGCGGCCGACGACUGCCGGUACAAAUUCCACAACUCCCGCUGGAUGGUGGCUGGCAAGGCCGACCCGGAGAUGCCCAAGCGCAUGUACAUCCACCCCGACAGCCCGGCCACGGGGGAGCAGUGGAUGGCCAAACCUGUUGCCUUUCACAAGCUCAAGCUCACCAACAACAUCUCGGAUAAGCACGGCUUUACCAUCCUGAACUCCAUGCACAAGUACCAGCCCAGGUUCCACAUCGUCCGGGCCAACGACAUCCUCAAGCUGCCCUACAGCACCUUCCGCACCUACGUGUUCCCCGAGACCGACUUCAUCGCCGUCACUGCCUACCAGAACGACAAGAUCACGCAGCUGAAAAUCGAUAACAACCCCUUCGCCAAGGGCUUUCGGGACACGGGCAAUGGCCGGCGGGAGAAGAGGAAGCAGCUCUCGCUGCCGUCCCUGCGGAUGUACGAGGAGCCCUGCAAGCCCGACCGCGACGGCGGAGAGUCGGACGCCUCGUCGUGCGAGCCCUCGGCCGUGCGCGAUGCCCUGCACUCGCCCGUGGGCGCCCUGCCCAGCCCCCUGCGCCUCAAGGGCAGCGGCAGAGAGGAGAAGCCAGGGGCUGACAGCGACACGGAGGCGGAGAAGGUGCCCGAGGAGCGGCCGGUGGCAGCAGCCAGCCCCAGCGCCGAGGACGCGACGCCCCGGGGCAGCCCCCGGUGCCCGGAGGAGCGGAGCAAGGAGAGGCACAGCCCGGAGAAAGCCAAGGACGGGGCAUCCCCCCGGGAGGCUCCUGGCGAGGGCCUGUUCGGCGCACGGGGCCUGGAGAAGGACAAGGUGGAGGGAAGGAGGAAAGAGACGGAGCCGGGCAAGAAGGACGCGGAGGGCGGCGGGCUGGGCAAGGAGGCGUUCGCGCCGCUGAUGGUGCACACGGACAGCCCCCCGCACCUGAGCACCGGGCACCUGCAGAGCCUGGCGCUCUCUGGCCUCCACGGGCAGCAGUUCUUCAGCCCGCUGGGCGCCGGGCAGCCCCUCUUCAUCCACCCGGGACAGUUUGCCAUGGCGCCCGGCGCCUUCUCGGCCAUGGGCAUGGGACAUUUGCUGGCCUCGGUGACCGGCGGGGGCAGCCUGGAGAACGGAGCCCUCUCGUCCGCCCCGGGCGCGGCAGGGACGGCCACCCCCUUCCCUUUCCACCUCUCCCAGCACAUGUUGGCCUCUCAGGGAAUCCCGAUGCCCACCUUCGGCGGACUCUUCCCCUACCCCUACACCUACAUGGCAGCGGCCGCAGCCGCCGCCUCGGCCAUGCCGGCCACCAGCGCUGCGGCCGCGGCGGGGCCGCUGUCCCGCAACCCCUUCCUGGGCAGCAGCCGGCCCCGCCUGCGCUUCAGCCCCUACCAGCUGCCGGUGGGCAUCCCGCCCAGCACCAACCUGCUGACCACCGGCCUGCCCGCCAGCCUCAGCGCCGAGGGCUCCAAGGGCGGCAGCCGGGAGCCCAGCCCGCUGCCCGAGCCGCCCCUGCACAAGGGGGGCGCCCAGCGCGCCGCCGCCUCCCCCAAGGGCUCCCUGAAGGAGUCGCUCAAUGAACUGCAGAACAUCCAGAGACUGGUGAGCGGGCUGGAGAGCCAGCGGGAGCUGUCCCCGGGCAGGGAGUCCCCGAAGUGAGCGGCGGGGCGGGCAGCGAGCCCUCCCGGCGGGGCGGAGAAGCACUGGCGUUCUGUACAGCACAGUAUAAAUAUUUAUUGCGGAGAGCGAGGGCUGGCAGCGAGCGGAGGGACGGAGCCGCCGCCCCAGAGCCCGGAGGGAGC